AUGUCGAUUGAAACAGCAAAAAGAACAUUCUUGGAGCUUGCGACGGAAGACGAUGAGUUAUUUUUGAAGAAAAGGAAAAUCAACGAGUCAGUACCGAUCACCAAAAAUGCUUCUAUAAUACAACAAAACAGUGCGAACAAAGUGGGUUUGGAUGGACUUUCGCAGUGUUUUCGCAGAGUUAGAGCAUCGCUUUAUGUCUCCAUUGCACCAUGUUAUGUGAACGAUCCUAUUUCGGGCAUUAAGGUACAACAUUUGGACCAGAUGCUCAUGACAUACUCGUCUAGCUUGAAGGGUAUUGUAAUCUCGUACUUUCGGAUCGUGCUGGGAGAAGAAAGUUUAAUGAAGGAUGAAAUCACAGACCAAACAAUAGCCCUAGGGAGAUUUGGUAACGAUACGCCAUUUUCAUUUGUGUGGUGCACGGUUGACUUUCUAAUUUGGAGUCCUCAAGUGGGUGAUGUGAUAGAUGGGUGGUGUUACAUGCAAUCGCAGUCGCACAUCGGUCUUUUGAUACACGAUACAUUCAAUGCAACUAUAAAGAAGUACUAUAUUCCAGCUAGUUGGAAGUUUGUGCCGAAUCAGGCGGAUGAAUAUAGGGAAGGAGGAAUUGAAAGUGCAGAUGCAGUUAAUGACGUCGAACCUGAUGAGUCUACUGGUGCCGGUGCCGGCACUGACGGUGUUACGGAUACCGAUCCUAGUGGUGCAAAUUCCGCAUCUGUAUCAUCGGUUCACUCUCAAGAUAAGAUAUUUGGAAGAUCUCUUGGUCAAUGGACUGACGAGAAUGGUAUUCCUAUAGAAGGAAAGCUGCAAUUCCGUAUCAAAGCACUACAUCCAUCCGGAAAGGUUAUUUUUGUAGAAGGAACUCUACUAGAUCCGAAAUCCGAGAGAGAUAGUCAGCCUGUAACUUUGAAUCAGCACAAGAAGUUGGAGAAACCGGAGAGGAUAGAACCUGAAAGUACUGAAGAACCUGAAAGUACUGAGGAACCUGAAAGCACUGAAGAACCUGAAAGCACUGAAGAACCUGAAAGUACUGAAGAGCCUGAAAGCACUCAAGCUGAAAAGAGGAAUACAGAUCAGAAGAGCGAUACAGACAGUAAAGAGGGAGAAAGUAGCAGUGAUAGUGAUAUCGAUAUGCAACCAGAUGCAUCCACGCAGCACCUGGGUUAUCAACCCAUAGCUAUUAUUGAUGAUAUAAUAAAUGUGAUUAAUGAGAUCAUGUACAAAUGCACGGAACAACUGGAAAGGGUAUUGAUAGAGAGAAAGAAGCGCGUAGAGGAUGAUAAGAAAAAGAAGCAAGAGGAGAAGAUCAAGGCAUCAUUAGAAGCUGGAGAAGAUGAUGUGAUAGUAAAUGAGGAUGUUACAGAAUUAAACGAUGGAGUAGUACAAGAUAGUGAGGAAGAUAUACAGAAGGGUACAGCCAAACUGGAGAGUCUAUUGGAGCAUCUCAUCAACAAGAACUAUGAUAAGUUUGAGGUUUACAGUAUGAGGAAUCUACUGACCAUUCCGAAUGAUUUGGUGGAGGCAGGAUAUAUCAAAUUGAAACAUCAUGAAGGAUUGAUAGUGAAUAGCGAGACAUUGGAUAGAUCUAAACAGUUGGAUUCAAUAUAUGAAGAUAAACUGAAAGAAAUAGGGAGACAGUUUAAAACUAAUAGACUACUAAAUGAGAUGGCAGUUCGAAUUAGUAUGAAUUUGCGAUUGUUGAAGAGGCUUUCAACGAGGUUACGAAAGAUUGACUAUGAGGAUCAAGGUUCAUCAUUGGUUGAAAAAUAUAACUUGAAGCCGUUGAAAGAGACGUAUAGAUUUCUGGCUAACGAAAUCAAGCAGAGUUAUGAGCAAGUAGAUAGGAUCAAAUUGAAACUUAAAGACGAUAGACUAAAGGAGUUAGUCAGAGCAGGAGAAGAGGAUGAGUUUUUGGAUAAAAGAUUGGGAAUAGCAGAAAGUAGAACGAGGAAAGAUGGAGCAACCAAUACCGAAAUGGAUUACUAUGUGGCGGUGUCAAAACUGGGUAAAAUACUGAACGAACGUGGGUAA